AAGCCGCCUCCUCUCGGCCCCGCCUCGGAGGGCGUCACAACCCCGGCCACAACAACUACUCCAGCUCGGGGCUGCGAUGGCGCUCCGGCAGGCGCUAGGCCGCGGGGCCCGCUUGGGCCGGGCCUUGCUGUGGCGCUGGGUCGGGGGAGCGCCGCGGCCUCAAUUCCCGCCUCAGCCCCCUGCUGCCGUCUUCCUCCGCCCGGGGGGCUUCCUACGCGAGGCCGCGGCUCGGCUAGGCCUCAACGGAGGCCCGCGGUUCUUCCACUAUAGGGUCCCGGCGGGGCCUCGCCGCCUCGGCUUGGCCCUCAGCCUCGGGCUCGCGCUGUUUGAGCCGGCGCUGGCGGAGCAGAGGAGAGCGGACGAGGCCUGCCAGGACAUCCAGGACAUCUUUGCCCGGAGGAUCCAGCCCCCUGGAGAGGCGUUGGCCUUGCCCCGCCAGCAUGGCUUCAGGUUGGAGGACUACGCCAUUGGGAGGCCCAUUGGGAAGGGAUGCAGCGCCGCCGUCUACGAAGCCGCCCCACUCGCGGAUACGGGGACCCCCAGCUUCCCUUUGGCCAUCAAGAUGAUGUGGAACCUCUCGGCCGGGUCUUCAAGUGAGGGCAUCCUCCGCUCCAUGUCUCAGGAGCUGGUCCCAACUGCCGGAGGAGCCAUCGCCGGAGAAUUCGGCACCGUCACCUGUCACAGGAGCCUGACAAUUUUUGGGAAGCAGCAGCGUGGGCGCCUGAGCCCACACCCCAACGUGGUGCGCGUGGUGCGUGCCUUCACCUCGGCGGUGCCACUGCUGCCGGGCGCCACGUCGGAGUACCCGGACGUCCUUCCGCCAACCCUGAGCCCCUCCGGCCUGGGACACAGCCGCACCCUCUUCCUCGUCAUGAAGAACUACCCCUUCACGCUGCGCCAGUUCCUGCGCCGGGACCCCCACCCGGUCCCCCCGCGCACGGCGGCCCUGAUGCUCCUGCAGCUCCUGGAGGGCGUGGACCACCUCCGCCGCCACGGCAUCGCCCACCGGGACCUCAAGGCCGACAACGUCCUCGUCGAGAUCGACCCCGCCGGUCUCCCGGGCCUGGUGAUCACCGAUUUCGGCUGCUGCCUGGCCGACAAAAGGCUUGGCCUGAAGCUGCCCUUCACCAGCUGGUACGUGGACCGCGGGGGGAACAGCUGCCUCAUGGCCCCGGAGGUGGCGACGGCCAGCCCCGGCCCGGGCGUGGUGAUUGACUACGCCAAGGCGGACUCCUGGGCGGUGGGGGCCAUUGCCUACCAGAUCUAUGGGGCCGGGAACCCUUUCUACGGCCGAGACGGGGGGCCGGCCCUGGAGAGCAGGAGCUACCGGGACGAGGAGCUGCCCCCCUUCCCGGAAGAAGCCCCCCACGAAGUCAAGAAGUUGGUGGCCGGGCUCCUGCGCAGGGACCCCCACAAGAGGCUGGGGGCCCGGCUGGCGGCCAACGUCCUGCACUUGAGCCUGUGGGGCCGGGACCUGCUAGUGGACGAAGGCGAGGGCCUAGUCCUGGGGGCGCUGGUGGGCUGGCUGCUCCGCCUCUCGGCCACCACGUUGCUGUCCGGGAGAACGGCCGUGGUGGAGUCCCGCCUGCAGGCCUGCUUCCUCUCCCAACUGGACUGCGACGAGCUCUGCCAAGCGGCCACCCUGCUCCGGGCCUGGACGGGGGGAACCCAGUAAAAAAAACAAACCCUUGGGCUUCAUUCACACAAUCUCAGCCUCUUCUUUUUGCAAGACUGAAAUAAGUUGUGGUUUUUGGAGGUGCAAAGAGGGCGGAGGGAGGUCCGGAAACAUAAUAGUUCCUAGCCAACAAUGAUGGUCAUAUCCAUCAUUACAGAAGCACUUUAUUUACUACUAUGUUCUAAUAGAAAUAGAAAUAUUUACUAUAUUUCCCUUUUUAAAAUUAUUAUUUCCCCCCAUAAAUUUCCCCUACUUUCUCUGUGUAUUUCCCCUAUUUAUUUUCUUUAUUUAGGGUUUUAAUUUUUUUCUUCUUUUCCGGUAAAGAAGCCGACCACGCGUGAGAAUCUUAACCUGGUUUCGCUUGACUUGACUUGAAAACCAAUCUGAUCCAAAGCGAUCCUGCAUAAUGUUAUGCCUCUGAAAGAAUCAACAAAGGCUUACGUAGAUAUAUAAUAUUGAAAGAGUUGACUUGGGUUGUUAAUCUUUAGCCUGCGGUGAAUGUUGUCGGCCAACUUUUGGUGAGAGUUUUAUUUUUUUCUGAUUGGGAGUGUUAAUGAUUAAAGGCAAUAAAGAGUUUGUGUUCCAUUAAA